AUGUCUCGAUUGAGGUGGUUGCGCAAGAUUGCAGCGCGUCCAAUCCCUGUGCAACGGGUUGCUGCUCUAAAUAUGGCUAUUGCGGGACGGGACAGGACCAUUGCGGACCCGAUGUCUGCGUUGCCAAUUGCAACUAUGAAGCCACUACCCAAUGUAGUGCAAACAAGCCCUGUGCAAUCGGCUGCUGUUCCAAAUUCGGGGUUUGUGGUUUUGGACCUGACUAUUGCGGCAAGGAAUCAUGUGUCUCGUCCUGCGAAAGGAAGGCAGAGUGUGAUCCAGGAACUUGGGUACGGUUUCUGCGGCACGACGCAGGAGUUCUGCGGCAAUAGGAAAGUCACUAGGCCGUCAUGCGAUGAUGGCAACAGCCUUUCCCGUGUCGUAGGAUAUUACGAAGGCUGGGCAACAAGCAGACCCUGCCACGCGAUUUGGCCAGAGCAGAUUCCCAGAGGCAUCUAUACGCACCUUAACUACGCAUUCGCAACCAUCAAUCCAGAAACAUACGAAGCAAAUCUGAAAGUCAACAUAGCCAUUGGUGGUUGGAGUUUCAAUGAUCCAGGCCCGACUGCGUCUGUCUUUUCUGACCUAGCAGCCUCGGAGGACAAGCAGAGGAAGUUUUUCAGAUCUCUGGCCUCCUUCAUGUCGACCUAUGGGUUUGACGGCGUAGACAUUGACUGGGAAUAUCCAGUGGAUGUGGAUCGCGGUGGCCGUCCAGCAGACUUUGUGAAUUUUCCGAAAUUCAUGGCAAACCUGAAAAGCGCGCUGCAGGGUACUUCGACCGGUGCAGAGAUCAGCCUGACUCUGCCAACAUCCUACUGGUACUUGCAGCAUUUUGAUAUCAAGGAGCUAGCCAAACACGUCGACUAUUUCAACUACAUGUCUUACGACCUUCACGGCACCUGGGAUAAAGGCAUGUUGCAGCCCUAUCGACCCUACCGGAAUAAGUGGACCGGUGAAUAUCUGGAUGCGCAUACAAAUCUGACCGAAAUCACUGCAGCAAUGGACCUACUUUGGAGAAAUCAAAUUAGUCCGGACAAGGUCGUUUUAGGGCUAGCUUUCUACAGCCGUGCAUUUACCGUUCAAAGCACCAACUGCAGGUCCCCAGGAUGUCUUUUCGCAUCUGGUUCCGACGCUGGACCAUGCAGCGGGCAGACCGGUGUGCUGCUCAACAGUGAGAUUGACGACAUCCGAGCCAGCAAAAGUCUCAACCCCACAUUGGACAAGGAUGCUGCGGUUCAGUUGCUUUCCUGGGAUAACCAGUGGGCGUCGUAUGACGAUGAUGCAACCUUUGAGCUCAAGAUGGAGUUUGCCCGCAAGACAUGCCUGGGCGGUAUCAUGGUAUGGGCUGUCAGUCAUGACACAUUUAACGGGACGUACUCCAGAGCAUUGUCGGGGGCGGUCCCACAUUAUCAGCCAGCGUCUUUUGUCGUAGUCGACAGCAGUGUUACGCCCAACGGUCUUACAGUAUAUACCGAAGAGAAGCAGAGGCAGUGCAAGUGGACUAAUUGCGGGCAAACCUGCACUGGUGAUUAUGUCGCAGUCAAGCGUUCGGACCCAGGAUAUCGAGGUGAUGAGCUGAUGAUCGAGGGCACUACGUGUCUCGGUGGCACCGUACAUACCCUCUGCUGUCCUAAAGAACGUGUACCCCGCUGUGGUUGGUAUACACACAAUAACGGAAACUGCGACCCGACCUGUCCACGCGGUAUGUUCGAAAUCGGGUCCCUUACAGGAACGCUCUGCAGCAAGGGGAAGUAUCAGGCUGCAUGCUGUGAGAGCGGAAAGGACUCAACUGAGCUGUACAGCACGUUGCAAUGGUCCAAUUUUCCGGACUGCGCUGCUGGGAAAUGUCCAGUUGUGCAGGAUCGUAAAACUGAGACACUGGCGCUCGCCAGCUCAGGAAGCGGCGACAGUUGGUGCAAGCUUACCUUCAACGACACGCUGCAACGUGUCAAACAAGAAGAGCGGAAGCUAUGCUACGACUCGAGCAACAAAAAGAAGACCUGGGGUAACUGUGCUUGGUACCGGUCGGUCGAUUCCCCUCCUGCGGGCCAACCGUCCACGUUCUGUAUGAAUUCUUGCCCCGCAGACAAGGUCCGGCUUGCAACGUACGAUACGGAUGAGACCUGCUCGCACGGUAUACGUGCGUUUUGUUGCGAUGACAAUUACUACACCACCACGGGGCGAACGAACCCGGAGAUGCAAGAGUUCGCAGAUGCCCUCAAAAUUUACCUGGUGAAUGGAGUGUGUCCGCUGGGCUCAGGGGGGCCAGACGACCAAUCCAACACAAUGGUUAUGAGAGAUAUCUUGAUCACAGAUUGGGAUAGAGCCAGCCUGGAUGGAGCGAGCUUGGUGGCCUCUCCUAUUGUGCAAAGAGAUGUCGAUGACGGCUAUAAAAAACUGCAGCUGUUGAUUCCCAUAUUGACGGUGCUCUUGAAAACCGACGAGAACUCGAUGAAUGCGAAGGAAACGCUCGAGGCUGGCGACUGGAAUAACUGGGCAAAAUCCAAUAACUACCUCGGUCUGGAGCUGAAGUUCCUUAGGCCCUAUGUCCUAGGAUUGAAGAUUUGGUACGAUUUGGGCGCUGAAUUCGUUGCGCAGAACAUUCUGUGCCGACCUGGAGCGUGGAGCGCUAUGGCUAAAAACCAGAAUCCAGCCAUGUGUCUGGGCGAUCCCUGCGAUGAAGGUGCUGAUCCUGAUCUAUGCCGGACUGAGGAACUGGAGGGUAAUGCUGACGAUAGCGAUGAUCCGGACUUGACCGAAAGAUCUGUUGGUGUUCUUGACAAACGCGCCAGUCCCAAGACAUACAGGGUCUGGUGUGCUGCAUCCGGGACUUAUGUCUCGGACUUGAAGAUCUUGCCACGUCCUUACCCAAGCGCCGGGAAAUGGAAAUCAACCGACACUCAGUUUCAACGGGCGCGAGCUUACCAGGUUCGAGCCGACUGCGCAAACCCCCUGGUGGACCCGAUGAUCAAGACUGGUGACUUCUUUGAUACCGAGCAUGUGCUCGAGCUUCAGCUUAUUCCUCUUUUCUUUGAGUAUGCAACUGGAGCAACACUGGCCUCCGGCAAAGUGCCAAAUUUCCAUCCUAUCGAUUGCACUUUUUUUCUGGCUACCACCACAAACGGCCUGUAUUCGAACAUCCUUCGUACUAACAGCCCGCUUUAUUCCUCCGAUCCUUUUCAAAAGAGCAGUCAGCCAGCAUGGCGAAUCAUGGCGGCCCUUGGCACCAAGACGAACAAGGAAAAUUUCUACCUGCUCGAGAAGCCAGUCAACGGGAUGAAAGCACGGAUCAUGGGUAACAAGAACCUUGUUGCAGCGAACAAGUGGGCCACUUUUGUCCAUGAUACGACUUUACCUGGGAUACCGCUCAAAUUAAUCAAGGCCGCCAUUGCCGUUUGGCAUUAUCUGAACGACGAAGAGGUCUCUGAUUCCUUUGUGGAAAUUGUGUCGAAUCUACGCAAGGUUUUCCGGGAAGUAGAUAGGGAGUAUAAUGGAGGGACAAGCCUCUUCGUCGCGGCCUGGGAUGAAUGGUGGCAUGAUUACAUGCAAUUCCAGCUUAAACGUUCAUAUGACUGGAUCCAUGAAAAGAUCAGCGAGAUGCGAGAAGUGUGGGAGGGCCAACCUGACCAGAACCCAGUGAAACCAUUGGUACUGGGCAGCCUUGACCAGCUAUCGGGGUACGCAUUUUCCAUUGUUCAUCAUGACCAUACAAUCUUUCCCUGA